UGCCUAUCGAAUUCUUCUGCAUUUUAUGUUCAUAACAGCUAGGUUUUCAGCAGAUGCAGAGUAGCAGAAAGCUCGAUAAAAUGUUGAAGCAGCUCGUCCCACUAUUGCCACUUAUCCUGAUCUUCUUCCUCUAUUUCCCAGCAGUUUUUGCUCAGUCUCCAGCACCAGCCCCGGCUCCAUCUGGCCCGCCUAAUGUUGUUAAGAUCCUAAAGAAGGCAGGUCACUUUUCCAAGAUGAUCCGGCUGCUAAAGAGGACAAAGAUGGAUGACAGAAUUUUCUCACUGCUCAACAACUCAAACCCCCUAACCAUCUUUGCUCCAACCGAUGAGGCCUUUGCUCACCUCAAAUCAGAGACUCUAAAGUCGUUAACUUUCCAGCAAAGGAUUCAGCUGGUGCAGUUUCAUGUCAUCAAUAAUAUGCUUUCCUUCUCAGACUUCGAAACAGUUACCAAUCCAUUGAGCACACAGGCAGGCGACAACCGCAAGUAUAUGUACCCGCUCAACGUGACCAUGACAGGGAAUCAGGUGAACAUAUCAACCGGGAUUGUUAAUGCAACAGUGACAAACACUAUAUAUACUGAUAACCUGUUGGCAUUGUAUGAGGUGGACAAAGUUCUCCUCCCUCUGCACUUCUAUGUCUCACCACCUCCCGUUCCUCCACCGCCAGCAAAGCCAGUGGUGGAAGUUCCUCCUCCGGAAUCCCCUCCAGCUGAUGAUUCGUCCGAUGCAACACAUAAGAUUCACCAUGGACUCACUGUAAUAUCUUUCAUAGGCUAUGUUGUUGCAACAAUUUAUUUAUGCCUUUGAUCCGACAGCUGCUUCAUGAUCAUUGGCUUUUGUGUGUGGGCAAUGUUAUUUUUAAUUUCAACAAAUGAUUCCAUUUCUCUUGAAUAAACUCUCUCUCCCUCCCGCAUUGAUUCCAACGAUUAAAACUCAUGCAAAAUUUUCCAAUAGAUACAUGAUUCUGCCAAAAGAAUUGGCAAAAACUUAAAA